AUGACGGACGUGGGCAUGACAAACUCUGCCGAUGCAUCGGCCUCGAAGCCCGAGAGACUUCCCAUCACCGUCUCCAAACCCACACCCUACACAUUCGACCUCGGCCACCUACUCGUCAACGACCCCAACCCCCUCGAGCUCCCCAGCAACGGACCCAUCAAUGCCUCACUCAAAGCCAUUGCCCGCGACGGCACCCAAUGCCUCCUAAACCAGCUGCUAACAACGUGCGAAAUCACCUCGACCGCCGCAGACGGCGUGCUCCUCAGCCUCCCAGCGCCUGCCACAGCGCUCCCGCGGCAAAAGCCACUACCGACCCCCAAGCCGCCCACGAAAUGGGAGCUGUUCGCACGCAAGAAGGGGAUUGGCAAGUUCAGCAGGAAGGCCGGCGGAGCGCUGGAGGAUAAGGAACGGCGCAAGAAGCUCGUGUACGACGAGGCGUCGGGUGAGUGGGUGCCUCGCUGGGGAUAUAAGGGAAAGAACAAGGCGAAUGAAGAUCAGUGGCUUGUUGAGGUUGAUGAGAAAGAUUGGAAGAAGGAGGAGGAGGCUGCUGCGAAAGGCGGGUCGAUUCGUGGGAUGUCCAGGACGGAGCGGAAGCAGCGCAUUAAGCGGAAUGAGAGGAAGAUGCGCUCGAAUGAGGCGCGGGCGAAGAGGGCUUGA